AUGUGGGAUCCGAAAGACAAUAUUGAAGCGGGUGGACCUGUUGAAGAGGACGUUCUCUACCCACCCAACUACACACCAUUUUUCAGUCUACAAACAGUUGUCUCUGUGAUUAUUCCAGUGUUUUGCUUUUUUCUGAUGUUUGGAAUUGUGAUCUUCAUGAUGUAUGUAUAUCGUCGUCUAUGCACACGAAGUCCAGUAUUCGAACAUAUUCUUUGUGAAGAAGAAGAGUUCCCAAUGCCUCGCCCGAUAACUCCGGGACCUGAAUCGUUUCGACGCAAUUCGGCUCAAGCACAGUAUCGACUACUCAUCAAAAGCAAAUUCGAACGAGAAUUCGGAAAGUCAAGAGCUGAAUGUGGACUUCUCAUGCCGGUUAGAUUGAUUACAUCGGUUUCAGAAGAAGACGAUCAUUUCUAA